UGAGUUGAACCAGAAGAGCUCAACGAGUUGAGCAAUGGGGGUGACGAGUCCACCCAAAGGCCAUUCUUACCCUUAUUCCCUCGCCAAGAAGCUUUUGCCUUAUUCUCUUUAUCCCCUUUAUGUUCUUCUUCCCAUAGCUCUCUUUAGCUUUUGUCUUCACAUUUUUUCAUCUACCCCUAGCCUCACCCAUUUACCUUCCUCCAAAGGUAACACUGACUUUCCGACUCAAGAACUGAUACGAAAUGGACGAUUUUGUAACUACAACAAUGGCAGAUGGGUGCAUGACAAGAUGGGGCCUUUAUACAAUGGCACCACCUGCGGCACCAUCAAGGACGGUCAGAAUUGCAUCUCCCAUGGCAGACCUGAUCUUGAUUACCUAUAUUGGCGAUGGAAACCGAGGCGAUGCUGGCUGCCGAGGUUCGAUCCCGAUGCAUUCAUGACCUUACUUAACAACAAACACGUAGCUUUCCUUGGUGAUUCCAUGGCUAGGAACCAAUUAGAAUCGCUCCUAUGCAUUCUAGCCACCGUCUCCAAGCCUAACUUGAUUUACACGAGUGGCGAAGACAACAAGUUCCGGCGAUGGCAUUUCGCUUCUCAUAACAUCGUCGUAUCAGUUUAUUGGUCGCCGUUUCUGGUUAGAGGCUUCGAGAAAUCAAGAUACGGUCCGAAUUAUAAUGAAUUGUAUGUGGAUAGUGUUGAUGAGAGGUGGGGAGCUGAUUUGGACCAUAUUGAUAUGAUUGUACUGUCAAUAGGUCAUUGGUUCCUCCAUCCGGCGGUUUAUUACGAGGGCGGUUCGGUCUUAGGUUGCCAUCACUGCAAUGCAUUGAAUCAUACCGAGAUAGGGUUCUACGGUGCGAUGAGGAAGGCUAUAAAGAUGGCAUUGAAGACGAUAAUCGAGAGGAAAGGGGCUAACAAUGGUAAUGGGAUUGAUGUGUUUUUUACCACGUUUUCACCUUCGCAUUUUGAAGGUGAAUGGGACAAUGCCGGUGCUUGUUCGAGGACGAAACCUUAUAGGAGAGGUGAGAGGAAGCUCGAAGGAAUGGAUGCAGAAAUGAGAGCUAUCGUGAUCGAAGAAAUGGAAGCCGCAAGACUGAAUGCUAAGCGGUUUAAUGCUCGGGUGAGGCUAGCAAUAUUGGAUGUGACCAAAUUGUCACUACUUAGGCCUGAUGGCCAUCCGGGGCCUUACAUGUAUGCAUUCCCAUUCGCUAAUGGGAUUCACGAUCGAGUUCAAAAUGAUUGCGUCCAUUGGUGUUUGCCGGGUCCGAUCGAUACUUGGAAUCAGAUAAUGUUACAAGUUAUCAAGAGAUGGAAUGCUCGUUCAAGGAGAGUAGUGAGGCUAAUACCAUAAAAAAAGCCAUACCGUAUUGCU